AUGACGGUUAUGACCUUUGGGGCCACAUGUUCGCUCAGCUGCGCUCAAUAUGUCAAGAACAAAAAUGCAGCCGAAUAUCGUGAAGAGUUCCCUGGUGCUUCGCAGUGCAUAAUAGAAAACCACUACGUCGACGAUAUGUUAGUUAGCGUGGAUACUGAAGAAGAAGCUAUUAAGUUAGCGAGAGAUGUGCGUGACGUACAUGCGAUGGGAGGUUUUCACAUAAGAAAUUUUUUAUCGAAUUCAAGUCGUGUGCUAAUCGCCCUAAAUGGCAGCUCCACUGAUGCACUAUGCCUUGAUUUUGAGAACGAGCAGCCAACUGAGAAGGUACUAGGCAUGUGGUGGGUUACCUCUAGUGAACACUUCGCCUUUCGUGUAUCAUCCAAAUAUAAGAAUUCUGAUCUUUUACUUUCUCAGCGGCGACCUACAAAGCGCGAAGUUUUGAGCUUGGUUAUGACCAUAUACGACCCAGUUGGGCUGAUAGGUUUCUACGUUGUAUACGCCAAAGUUAUCUUGAAGGAAAUAUGGCGAGCUGGAUGCGACUGGGACGACCCAAUUCCAGAUGACCAAUUUGCGAAAUGGCUGCGGUGGAUUAAGCUUAUUCCAAAAAUAGAAAACCCAAGGAUUCCACGUUCUUAUGCGCGAAUCAAAUUUGACGAUACACCUAAAAUAGAGCUACAUACCUUUGUAGAUGCAAGCGCAAGUAGCUAUGCAGCUGUGUGCUACCUACGAUACUCACAUGGUAAUUCAAUCGACUGUAUGAUGAUCGCCAGUAAAACCGGAGUGGCUCCGCCUAAAUUAUUGUCCAUACCUCGCCUGGAACUAAAGGCAGCACUGUUGGGAGCUCGCCUUGCUAAGCAUAUCAUCGAGUCGCAUUCUAUCCACCUUGAUAGCUCCGUAUACUGGUCAGUUUCACGAACGGUAUUAGCCUGGCUGUAUGCUGAUCAUCGCCGCUACAAACAGUUUGUGGCUUUCCGAGUUAGUGAAAUUCUAGAACUUACCGACGUCAGUGAGUGGCGCUGGGUGCCGACUGCAGCAAACGUUGCUGACGAAUCCACCAAAUGGAAUAGUGAUCCAGAUUUUUCUAACGAUAGCCGAUGGUUUAGUGGACCAUCUUUUUUAUAUCUUCCGUGUGACGAAUGGCCCGUGUCUAACGGACCGCAAAGUAUUUCAACAGAAGAACUCCGUCCUCAGUUUAUUGGAGCUCAUUGUAGAAUUUCAGAACAACUUCUUAUGGUGCCCAAACCUGAGAGAUUUUCUACAUGGGACCGUCUCCUCCGAGCAACCGCCACGACCUUGUACUGCGCUCGUAUUUGGUUAAGCGUAGUGCGAGAUAAUCAAGUCUUACGUAGCGUUGCCACUACCGACGAUUUUCGUAAGGCAGAAAACUUUCUUUGGAGGAAAGCCCAGCAAGACGUUUUCAAUGAUUCAAUAAUAUCUGUAUCGGUUGGGAAGGCCGCUGACAAAUCUAGCAAAAUAUUCAAAUUAUCACCCUAUCUGGAUGACAAUGGUGUUUUGCGAAUAGAUGGCCGAGUUAAAAUAAUAGGGCGCACAGACCAAGUUUUGCUGCCGAGCAAUCAUCACAUUACGCACUUAAUUAUAAAUCACCUUCAUGUUAAAUAUCAUCAUGUGAACUCGGAGACAGUCGUCAAUGAAAUUCGGCAACACUUUUGGAUUUUAAAACUUCGCAUCGCAGUUAAUCGAAUUCGACGCAGCUGUCAGGUAUGCAAAAACAGAAGCACUCAACCACGUCCACCUAGAAUGGCUUGCUUACCUACAGCCCGCAUCGCACAAUUUUGUCGUCCAUUUUCCUAUGUAGGGGUUGACUACUUUGGCCCACUUCUGGUCACGGUUAAAAGGAGCACCGAAAAGAGAUAUGGGGUAUUAUUCACCUGUCUGACAACCAGAGCGGUGCAUCUCGAAGUGGCAUAUUCGCUUUCUACAGACUCCUGCAUUUUGGCCGUACGUAAUUUUAUGGCGCGUAGAGGGAGCCCAUUGGAGAUAUGGAGUGACAACGGUACAAAUUUCAAAGGCGCUGAGAGGGAACUGAAAUCUGCGUUUACGCUCGUAGACCAAAAUCGAUUGACGAUAACCUUCACUUCGGCCGCAACCAACUGGCAUUUCAUACCACCCGCGUCUCCACACAUGGGCGGAGCAUGGGAGCGGCUAGUUCGCUCAGUCAAGGACGUCCUACAACAGAUAUUGACAUCUAACUGUCCAAAUGACGAGAUUCUUCGUGCUGCUUUAAUGGAGGUGGAGAUGACAGUUAACUCGCGACCGUUGACUUAUAUUCCUAUUGACCACGAAGAAGAAGAGGCACUAACACCCAACCACUUCCUAUUAGGCAGCUCCAAUGGUGUUAAGCCGAUUGCAGAACCAGUUACUGAGGGCGUCCUAAUGCGUCGUAACUGGCGAACAUCACAAAACCUUGCGGACGCAUUCUGGCGACGUUGGGUCACCGAAUAUUUGCCCAUUAGCACUAGGAGAACUAAAUGGUUCGAAGACGUAAAAGCAAUAAAAGUCGGAGAUAUUGCAUACAUAGUUGAUCCAAACAACCCAAGGAACUCUUGGCCCAAGGGUAAGGUAAUUGGCGCGCGAACGAGUGCCGACGGAAGGGUUCGAAGCGCUACUCUCCAGACAAUCUGUGGAAUCUAUGAAAGACCUGAUGCUAAAAUAGCCGUUCUAGAUCUGAAAAGCUCGGUACAUGCUAAUCGGCAGGAUAUACCAGGGGGGAGUGUUACGAACAGUCUGGCAGCACGGUCAGGAUAG